AUGGACGAUGAAUUGCAGCGACUGAGACAAAGUGAGAAAUUACCUCAACAGAGUGGACAUAACUUCACACCCCCUCGGCCCAGUACGAAUAGGCCUGAGGAUGCAGCGCCUGAUCGCUUCGAAACACGGAAGAGGGGAGAAAGUACGAUAUUGAUGGAAAAUUUGUCCCCGGAAAACGAACUUUCUCAGGCCGGUCUAGACACAGCUGAUCAACCAUCUUACGUUCUACGAACGCAGGACGGCAAGAUGCGCUUCUUCGGGGCAUCUUCUGGAUUUGGAGUGCAGCGCAAUCAAAUUUCCAAGAGCCCAAAGGGCAAACAACCAAAGCUGGACUGGGAGCAUGCGGCCCGAUGCAGCGCUACCCAGUGGCCGUUGACAAACUGGAUGCCAAGGAUCCUUCAAGACACAUUUGAGCAUCGUGCCGUCCAGCCUUUGCCGUCAAAAGAGGACGCAAUGAGUCUAGUGUUCGAGUUUCUUUCUAACUUCAAUCGCACUAUUCCGCUGGUCGAUGAAACAUCUCUUCUGCGUUUGGCGGAGAGACAAUUUUCUUGGAAUCCGGAUGAUAGUCCUUCGUCAUGGAUACUGCUAAACAUUGUGAUGGCUUUUUCUUACAAAGAGCGAGCGCAAACAUCUACCAAUUCCAGUAGUGAUUGGCAAAAAUCACUGGGUCACGUCAAAAACGCAAUGAAUGUGGUGGUGGACCUUUUCCUACGGAAUGCCGACCUCCCGGCUGUACAGGGGCUACUGGGACUGGCUCUUUACUUCCAAGGCACGCCUAAUGCUCAAGCCCUGUUCAUGUUUGCGGCAUCGGCGAUGCGCCUAGCCCACUCUAUUGGAUUACAUCGAAACACUACCUCGGGUUUCACGCCCGUGGAGAUUGAAGAAAGACGAAGAACAUUCUGGAUAUCAUUCAUUUUGGAUGCAGAUAUCUCCCUCCGGGUUGGGCGUCCGCCGGCUCAAGACAUGGAUGAUUAUAACACGCCACUGCCAGCAGAGUCGCCCCACGAUAGCCGAGGUAUUAUUUCUAUUAAUGGGACCUCGAUCAACUUUUUUCGCCAAUUGGCCCAAUUUGCAACAGUACAGAGACUUAUCUACCGGCAUCUACAGACCGUAGCCGUUAUCCCACGAUCCAAAGAGGUAGCUUUCAAAUCGGCCGAGGCUUGCGAAGAGGCCUUAUUGCAAUGGAAAAACUCUUCUAUCCAUAUCUUUGAACCAGAAAAGAUAUUUAAUUCCGAACCAAAUAACUCCAGGGACCACAUCCUGCGAUUGAAUCUUGCAUACCACUGUUGCUAUGCGAAUCUCCGCCAAACGCCCUUCGUUACGUCGUCUGCCAACGAUUCAUCUAAUGAGAUCCAAUAUGAGGUUGACAAAGGUGUUGCAGCACUUCGCGUACGAUCCAUUGAUUCUGCGCGAUCUGCGCUUUCUUUGCUACCAUAUGUCCGCUUGCUGGCAUCUGACUACAGAUGGAACGUGCUUUAUUUCUUCGCCACGGCAGCUGUUGCAUUAUCAUCUGAAAUUUACGCUCAUCCUACCCAUCGAAAUGCCAAUAGCGAUUUAAGCAUGAUCAAAGAAGCGACAACAUUCCUCGCAAGUGUGUCUUGCGAGGAACCAGGCACUUUUGUCGAUUUCAUAUUGAGUGUGUGCUCUGAUUUGGAACGCUCUGCCAAAUGCGCUUUUCACCAAGCGCAGAACGAUGUCGUCAAUCCAGAAACAACCGGUCUCAACGAAGAUGCCGUCGAUGCAGACAGUGCGAUGUCUGAGCAGCAGCGGCAGCCUAGUACCUACGCUGACCAAAGUGUUUUCAAUGAGGUUGACCUUCUUACAGAUACUAACUCCGAGUUGUUUAAUGCACAAUGGUCAGUUCCGCCGUUCUGGAAUUUGCAGGAUAUGCUUAUCGGCAUGCCAUCACCUUCGAACUGA